AUAUUAACGACGGACCCGCACUCUUGGAAAUCCUUAUGGGCUGUUGUUGACAGCAAAGCAGGAGAUGGGAGGCCCUUACGGACUUUGCAGUAUGUGGUUAGAUAUUGUUAGGCUCAUAAAGCGACCAAGCUAGGCGGUCUGCGCAAGGGUUCAGCAGCGCAGCAAGAUGGACUUGGAGGGCUUUGUCGCAAACCGCGAGCUUCUGGAGCGGCUCUCACGCGAAUACGAGCUGCUGAAGGCUUCAGGCGCUGAGGUCGACUACGCCGCGUGGGUGCGCCAGCGCCUGCGAGCGGCUGCGGCCGAGCUUGCUGAGUCAGCCGCUGACGAUAACGAGCAACAGGCAUCCGGCGAUGCAGCGGCUGACGGGGGGAGCGGCGCAUCCAGCGGGGGUGUCGGUCUGGACGAUGGGGUGGGCACGGCCCCCGGCUCUGGCACUCCUGGGGCGCCUGCACAAGUGCACCCACCACCACCGCAGCUGUCGUUCUCCAGGUUCCAGCCAGGCCACACGCCGUAUGACCCCGUGCCUCGGGCCUCGCUAGAGGUGCCAGCGGGUGGCGUGAGGCCGGAGACCGCCUGGUUCCUCCAGGGGGAGGCCCAGCCGGCCGCCUCUCAGGCCCUCACUGCCGCCAUCUACGGCCGCACAGCGACGACGCUGGGCGUACGGGGCGCCCGCAAGUCCACCGGCAAGCGGGUGACCAUCAUCACGCCGCAGCGCUCACCGGCUUCCACCACCCGCCCCGCCUCGGGAUCACCCGGCCGCCGCCCGGCUGCAGGCCGCUCCGCUUCAACGCCCGCUCACAUGGGCUCCACCACUACCAUUGUCGGCGGCAGCGCGGCCCCGCCGCACGCGCAGCACACGCGACGUCAGUCCUCGCCACCGCAGGUCAGCAAGCUGUACACGGCGCAGGAGCCGGGGCUGUUCACCUCGCGGCCGGACGCGUACGUGCACCCGCAGGCCCGUCCUCGCCGUGCCACCUCGCCUGCUGCCAAGCGGCCAGACUGGGUCAACGCCGCCAGCCUGCAGGCCGCCCUGCGCGGGGCGUCGUCGGCUGUGCCGCACCUACAGGCAGCCGCCGAGCGCGAGCGGCGCCUGGCGCUCUCGUCAGCACUGGCCCGCCAGUCGCUGGCGGCGGGGUUGAGCCCAGACGACGCCCGCGCUGCCGCCCUGUACGGCGUGACGCCCGGGGCGGCCGCCGCCACUGCGGCGCAGUACGACCACGUGCUGGCGGUGGCGGCGCAGCUGGCGGCGCAGAAUGAGCAGCUGGCGCGGGCAGUGCAGGAGAACAGCUCGGCACUGGCGGCGCAGCAGGCCGUCCUACAAAAUGCGCUGCAACCGCGGCCAGGCGGUGCAAACAUCAGUGACGGCAGCGUGGCAGGAGAAGCAGGAGGGGCUGCGGGUGCGGGGCCAAAAGUAGAGGUGGAGAGCGGGCCACCCGCCUGGUUCUCGCACCCCGGCCGCUUCCCGGCUGCUGGCAAGGGCGGUGCCAAGGGCAAGGGCACGGCCCGCGCCACCAGCCCUGGUCAGCUGCCUGCCGGCGCCACGUCUAAGGAGAGGGACCGGGCCGCCCGCAAGGAAGCGCUGAAGAAGCUGCUCAAGCAGGUGCUGGGCGGCGCGGGCCUGUCCGGGGGUGAGGAGGGGCGACGGCGGCUGGCCAGCGGCAUGGAGGAGGCGGAGAAGCUUGUGGCGGCCAUACAGGCGCUGGCGCGAGUCAAGAAGGGCUCAGCAGGAGGCCGCGGAGGCGAGGACAAGGGCGUGAGCGCUACUGUUGGGGACGGAGCUGGCGGCGGCGAGGCAGGAGCUGGACUGUCAUGGUCUGCGGCUGGCACGCGCCCCGGCAGCAUGCGCUCACUCGCCGAAGCUGUGGCAGCUGCGGCAGCAGCGGGCGGUGGUGGCGGCGACGCAGCAGCUGCCGCUGGAGCAGGUGAUGCAAGCGGCGCUGCUGGCGGCAGUGGCGACGCCGCUACUGGCACUACUGAGGGCCGGGCGGCCUUCGAGGCAGCCGCAGCAGCGAUGGCGGCCGCCGCAGGCGGCCCCGGCCCAGGCGGCCUGGGGCUCGAGGCCGGCACGCUGGGUGGCGGUGGCAGCGGCGGCUGGGGCACAGGCACGGGCCCUGGGCGUCACCCACUGGCUCCUGGCGGCAUCAUGAUUGAGAGCCUGGAAGACCAGGUGGCGGACAUCGUGCAGCGGGACGCGGCGGCAUACGCGGAGGCCGCCAGGCUGGGCAAGAUUGAGGCGCUGGAGCAGCGGCUGAACCUGCUAGUGGACAACGUGGAGGGCCGGCUGGGGAGGCUGCUGGGGCCCGCGGGGCCGCUGGCAGCCACCGCGCAGCAGCUGGCGGCGCUGCAGCUGGCGGGAGGUGGCGGCGGGCUGCUGGACGAGUGGGAGGUGGUGCUGGGCCCAGAUGGACAGCCGCUGCUGGGGCCGGACGGGCGGCCGGUGCUGAGGCGGAAGGGCGCGGGAGCGGGAGGUGGCGGGCAGGGUGGCGCCCCGCUGAGCCCCCGCAGUGCGGGCAUGUCCGUGCUGGAGCUGCAGAAGAUGCUCAUUGCCAUCAACCGUAUGGAAAGCAAGGAGACGGAGAUACGGCGCAAGUGGUUCGUGGACACGCAGCACCCGCGGCCCCGGCCCGGCCCCGGCACGCAGCCCAUCUACGCCCGCGACGGCUGGGUGGGCACCCUGGACCCGGACCAGCCCCAGCCCGGACCAGAGGCCCUGGCCGCAUCCGCCACCGCAGCAGCGGCCCCCGCGCCCUCCUCUCCCCAGGCGUGGCCCCGCGCGGCUGCCAGCCCGCACCGCCUGGCCCCCGGCGACGCCGGCCGCUGGCCGGGCUUUGCCGCGCCGCCCACGGAGUCCGUCAUGGCCACAGUGGACGCCGCCAGCUCGGCGCCUGGCGGCCGCAGCCUCCUGCACUUCGACCACCGGCCUACACGGGCUGGGGGUGCGGGUGCGGGAGCGGGGAUCAGCAGUGGCGCGGCGGUGGAUGGAAGUGGCGAGUCCGCGGCAGCAGACGGAGACCCCAUCAGCGAUGCGGUGUUGGAGGCCGUGGUGCGGGGCCGGCGGCGCUAUCUGCGGGCGCAGCAGCUGGCGGACGGUGACUUGGUGGCGGCCGCGGACCCGGAGCUUAACCCGGUGCAGGUGAUGGAGGACGUGACGGACGCGCUGCUGGACGACAUGCUCAGAGAUCACGCCCGGGAGCUGCUGGGCUGGUGCGACAAGGUGGCGGAGCACAUCUACGACGACGAGUUCGACCUGGAGGGCCUCAGCGGGGGGCUGGAGGCGGCGGCGGUGGCCGGAGGGCUGGACGGACUGGGCAAGCGGGCAGCUGGGCUGGGGGCGAGGCGUGGCGGCGGAGAGAAUGACCCGGCGCGGGCCGCAGCGGUGCUGCGGCUGCGAGGCAAGGCGGCGGCGGGAGCGAGUGGUGGUGCUGCUGGCGCAGGCGGAGUGGGCAGCAGCGCGCUGGGCGUGAAGCGGUCAGUGGCGGUGGGCUAGGGGUCCUGGAGCUGCAGCAGCUGCAGACAAAGCAAGGUGUGCGUAUGUGUAUGUGUCCCGACAAAGCAGUAGGCAAGUGAUGCAGAGAGAGGCCAGAGGGUGGAGAGAGAACGUGUAUAGCACUAUGCCCGCCGGGGUUGGAUCACAGGAAGAGGCAGGUCCGCGGGUCAAACGCCGCAGGCCUGGUCAGGUCCUUGUCAGACGUCUUUUGAGACACGCGUUUAAUUGACAAUAAUUUACGGCCUCACCUUCCGACCCGCAAGAAACACAGAUGCGCG